AUAGCGGCGUCCCCGAGGCUGCCCUCUGCGUGGUCACCACCACCGCUAUCGACAUCCACCACCCCAACAUCUCCUCUGAUCUCUUCCCCGUGGAGGUGGCACUGCACCUCGGCAGCACUGGGACAUCUGCCAGCAUCACAACAGGCAGUGCCUCCUGCUCCACGGUCAGCUCAGGCACCCGGGCCUGCAGCGAGAGCAGCCAGACGCUGGGCUCCUCCCCGGACUGCAGUACAGCCUGUGAGGACACUGCAGAGGCCAGCACCAGCCCGCCCGCUGACCUUGUGCCUGGCACCCGGCCACGGGUGGCCCGUGCCACAGUGCAGGAACUGCUCUCCUCCUUGUCAGAGGAGGCUUGCCUAGCACAGAAGGGGCUGGAUCCGAUCAACCUGAAGCUGCCCAGCCCGGCGGCAUCGCUGGGAACCAGCCCUGACCUGGCCCACCGACUCAGCGUCUACAACCGCAGAAACCAGGAGAACCUCGACGUCUUCCAGCUCAAGCCGCUCAUUGACUGCCCACAGGGCACCCCAAUGAUCGAUGAGAAGUAUGGGGCACUUGGGGCCUCAGAGCCACAGCUGGGCAGAGUUCCUGAGGCAUAG